UCUUCCCGUGCGGUGUCAUUCCUGAACACGCAGUCAGGUGUCGCGUGUCUUUUGCGUUACCGGCGACGUCCAUGAUUUUCCCACGUCCACGUAGCGUUGGUUUUUUAUCUCCCAUUUUAUUACCGGGAGAGCUGAGCUGUUGGAUGAAAUGUUUUGAGAGAAAACUGACGUCGUGUAGGCGUGGUGUGUGCCAGCGUGCAGAGAGAAGCCCACCGCAAAACCGUUAAUCCAGUCCGGACACCACGUUUUAGUGGAAUUUAGCCUACAUUUGGCCAAACUUUACCAUCCGCUGCUAUUUAUAAAGGGAUUAAUUCAUAGCAGACUAUUUGAGAGGAUAAGUUUGUAACUCGCCUGCUCGAUGGAAAAAAGAGAACGCCCAGCACAGCAUCUCAAAUCGAGGUGAGAGUGCGCUCUAUAAACCGACGCCGAGGCACCGCUGCCAUAGUGAAUGAGAACCAGCAACGUUUAACCAGACCGACAAGAAUACCUCUCACUUGAUGACUGACACCAUUUAAGACAGACAGGGAUCUUCAGCCAGUGAUGUAGACAAGGAUGAUGAAGUUACAUAGGGAAGGCUGUGUGGGGAGGAAGAGCAUCGCCUGAUUCUCCUCCACUUCCUCAUCCACUCUGAGUCGUGCCCUCUGAUUGGGUGGCCGGAGCACGAUGUCAUCGACCACACCCACCUCAGCCCCGCCUUCCAAGAAGACGCGUGGGAAGGAGAGGACGGAAGUCAUGGGCGACUUGCCGCAGACAGCCAAUGAGGAGCUGAGGAGCAAGCUGAUGGAUUUCCAGAUAGAACUGCAGCAGGAGAAGGGCAAGGUCUCUAAGCUGAGAGAGCGUCUCCAGGAGCAGAGGCAAGCCAGGGAGCUGGAACAACACAAACACACGGUGGUCCUCACCGACCUCCGCGCCAAACUGCACGAGGAGAAGCUCCGCGAGCUGGCCGCCGCUCGCGAGUCGUUGGCACGGCAACACGAGUUGGAGCUAUCACGAACCAUUAAGAUCCGCGACGGGGAGGUGCAACGGCUCCAGGGGCUGGUCCAUGCGCUAAGGGACGGGGCGGCUGACAAACUGAAGAGCGCCCUGCUAGGAGAGGCCCGGGAGGAGGCCAGGAGGGCCUUCGAUGGGGAGAGACUCAAACUGCAGCAGGAGGUCAUGAAGCAGGAGACGGCACGGAAGCAGGUCGAGGAGGCUCUGGCUAACGCACUGCAGGCAGACAAGGCCAAAGCAGCCGACCUCCGAACAGCCUACCAGCAGCACCAGGAUGAGAUCAACCGCAUCAAGAGAGACUGCGAGAGAGACAUCCGAAGGGUGAUGGAUGAGCUGAAGGGGAAGGACCGUGUGGUGUCUGCGUUGGAGAGGGAGCUGGGGGUGCAGGCAGGUUAUGCCCAGAAGCUCCAGCUGCAAAAGGAGGCUCUGGACGAGCAGCUGGGCCAAGUCAGGGAGGCAGAGAGGCACCACGGCAGCCCCAAGAGAGAGGUGGUCCCUACCCUGGGGGAUACCCAGGACUAUAUCAACAACCAGGAGGUGGAAGAUCUUCGGGAUGCGAGGAGGUUCCAGCUGAAGAUAGCUGAGCUCCACUCUGUUACCAGGAAGCUGGAGGACAGGAACGCACUGCUGGCAGAUGAGAGGAACGAACUGUUGAAGAGGGUGCGUGAGGCAGAGAGUCAGAUGAAGCCCCUGUUAGAUAAGUAUAAGAGGAUGUCGAAGAAGAACGAUGACCUCCUGCAGACUCUGCAGCGCAUGGAGGAGAAACUCAAGAACCUCAGCAGAGAGAACGCAGAGAUGAAGGAGAAGGCGCACUCUCGUUCCCAGCAGCCCCAGCAGCUGAAGAGGCCUACCUCCCUGACAGACCUAAGCCACGCACACGAGGAACAGGAAGUGGAGUUCCUCAAGCUGCAGGUUGCCGAGCAACGUGGCAUCAUCGACGAACUCACGCAGGAACGUGACAGACUGAUGCUCUACAAAAAUAACCGAAGAAAAACCCUCAAGCUACCACCUAAAAGGCAUGUUGUGGAGACGUAUUUUGGAUUUGACGAGGAGUCUCUGGACUCUGAAACGUCCUCUCUGACCUCUUACAUCACUGACCUCACAGACCGUACCCCCGCUACACCCGAGGAGGACCUGGAAGACGGUGUAUCUCGUGAAGAGGCAGAACUGAGGUUCAGACAGCUGACCAGAGAGUACCAGGCUCUCCAGCGGGCCUACGCCCUCCUGCAGGAACAGGCUGGGGGGUCGCACGACGCUGAGAGAGAAGCCAGGAACCGUGAGCAGUUGCAGGCGGAUCUAAUAGGCUGCCAGGCAAAGAUUGGCGACCUGGAGAAGGCAUUGGCUGAGAGGGGGCAGGACUCUAAGUGGGUGGAGGAGAAGCAGUACCUCAUCAGGGCCAAUCAGGAACUCCAUGAGAAGAUGUGUGUGUUACAGCAGGCUGAGUCGAAGCUGCAGGCAGAGGUGCAGGACUCAAGGGACCAGAAUGAGCUGCUGGAAUUCAGAGUGCUAGAGCUGGAAGAGAGGGAACGCAGGUCUCCAGCCAUGGGCUUCCACAUGACCACCUUCCCAGAGAACACCAACAGCGCUCUGCAGAUAUACUGUCAUCAGGAGGGCAUCAAGGACGUGGUUAUUCCAGAUCUGAUGAAGAAGCUGGAUAUCCUGGGAGAUAAUGGGAACUUGCGUAACGAGGAGCAGGUUGUCGUCAUUCAGGCGGGGACGGUUCUCUCGAUGUGUGAGAAGUGGUUAAAGCAGAUAGACAGCACAGAGGCAGCCCUGACCCAGAAGAUGAUUGACCUGGAGAAUGAGAAGGACCUGUUCAGUAAGCAGAAGGGCUUCCUGGAGGAGGAGCUGGACUACAGGAAGCAGGCCCUGGAUCAGGCCUACAUGAGGAUCGCGGAGCUGGAGGCUACGCUGUAUAACGCUCUGCAGCAGGAGCCCGGGGGGCGUGCGGUGGCAGAGUCUCUGUCCGACAGGCAGAGGGAGGAGCUGGGGCUAGCCGUGGACAAACUGCGGAGGCAGAUACUCAGGCAGAGCCGCCAGUAUGACAGUCAGAUCUUACAGGAGCGCAUGGAGCUCCUACAGCAGGCCCAGCAGAGAAUAAGGCAGUUGGAAGACAUGAUUGAGAUGCAAAAGAGACAAGUAAAGGAAAUAGAAGAAAAGUUUUUGUUCCUCUUUUUGUUUUUCUCUCUAGCUUUUAUUCUUUGGCCUUAAUGACACUGACAUGGACCGACAACAGGUGCUAAGGCGCUCAGGUGGAGAGUGAGGAAGAGAAACACAACAUAUUUGGUUUUUUUCAUGCAUUUUUUUAGAUGGUUCACAAACCUUAUAUGGCCUUUUUGAUACACGUGCACUUUUGUGGAAGACACUUACCUGGAAUGCAAAACAAAACCAUGACUUUGAAAAGUCAGAGACAUGUAAAAGAGGUAUAUCAGAGUUUUCUUUUACAACGGAAAUGUCCCUUACCAUUUCUGGAAGUGGAACAUUUAGCCAAACUCUAAUGUGAGUUCUAAAAAGCAUAAACAUUGUAACUGGAACACUGAAGCAGGUCAAUAAAGAAACGGAGAAACUGAGAUGGAGACAGUGCCUCAGAUGGAUUUAGAGCCAGACAACGAAAGAGUGCAAUUGUAGAGGCGGAAGGAGAAGGAGGAGAAAGAGUUGAUUAAAAAAAGCAGGACGAUUUCCUAACAGACUAGCCAAGUCCUGGGCAUUCCCAGAAAGCUCAGUGCAGGAGGGUCUCCAUGGAAAGGGCUGGCGAAACGGCUGUCAUGGCCAAAUUCAAUGAGCAAGAAGUGAAAGCUCUGUACUCCGGAGUAGAGGGACACCAGAGGACUACGGGGACAGAAUGUGUCACCGGUCUGUGAAACAGAACAAAGAAUCCUCAAUAGCUGUGUUGUGCAGUUCUGUGCACCUGGCACCCCAGACCUCUAGGUUCUGACCCAUAGAGUGAAGCUUCUAGAGCACAGCCUGAGAGACAACGUCAGCUCCUUUACUGAGUCUGAGAGCUUGCUGCACAACAGAGAGUUGGAGGUGCCAAAGCAGAGCCUGCUACAGAAGGUGGAGGACCUCACAGCACACUCAGUCCUCCACUGUCCCAGCAUGCAGCAAUGCCAGAGGCUGGACGAGCUGCUCCACGCGCUCAGGGAGGAGGUGCGCUUCAUGGUGAAGCUGACCCUGGGCCAGUCAUCAAUAAACACACCUCCCUCUGCUCACCACCGUGGAGCAGCAGAAGCCGCCGCUCUGCCUCUACCCCAGCCGAACUUCCUGAACCUCUCAGGCCUACCGUAGCCAGAACCCCGGCAUCAUACAGUUGAAGUUGGAAGUUUACAUACACCUUAGCCAAAUACAUUAAAACUGUUUUUCACAAUUCCUGACAUUUA